AAUGUGCUUUGCAAAAUAAUUUUUCCCCCUUCAAACAGACUUGCACUGUUGACUAUGAAUGCAAUUUUAAAUAAACUAUACACAGUUACUUAAUCAAUUUAAGAAUGUGUCGUGAUAGAUUACACGAGUUUAGGUCAAAAGCAGGCUUGCCAACUGAGAUCACUGUUCAGUAUGAUGCUGAAGCAAACAGUGUUGACCUGGGCAUCAAUGAUGUUUCCAAUUCUGAAAGACUUUGUGUUGAUCCCAAUGAACUUUUCAAGUUGUUGGAAAAACUGGGUCCACUUUAUGCCAACAUGCAGGACCUUCAUGAAGACAUACAGAAGCUAAAGGCUGGCAUUCACAACCAUAACAAUAGGGAGAAGUUUGAUGAUCAAGUUAUUUGCAUUAAAAGACAGUUGCAUGCUAUUAAAAAAGGCAUUGAUGAGUUUAGAAGUGAGUAUAAGGACAAUGAAGACCUGCUACUGGCACACAUCUGCCGGACACAUGUUCUCUCACUGUCAUGCUGGUCAACGGAAGAGCUGCAUGAACUCUCUGCACUUGUCGUCAUUGCAAAUGAGAGGCAUCGAGCCUAUGUCAGGAAAGAGAUGCAAAUUACUGCUGGAUAUGAUAAGGAUAUAACUGAAGAGGAGCUACAGUCCCUGCUGGACAAGCCUCCUACAAUGUUCUCUCAGGACCUCCUCACUGAAACCAAGCAGGCCAAGCAGAUGCUCACUGAGAUCAGAGAGCGUCAUGACCAGGUCAUCAAGCUGGAAAAAAGCAUCGUAGAGCUCAACCAAAUGUUCCAGGACCUUGCCCUGCUUGUGCGCACUCAAGGCGAGAGUGUGGACCGCAUUGAGGGGCACUUGUACGAGGCCAGCACCAGGACUGCCGAGGCCGCUCAGCAGAUGCAGGAGGCACGCGUCAAGGCACAAUCUGCCAUGAAGAAGAAGUACAUCUGCUAUGUCGUCCUGUCAUCUGCCGUUAUAAUCUUCAUUGUCCUCCUUGUAUAUUCGCUUACGUGAGUGGAGAACCAUGCGCCUGUCUUCCUGGCUUCUGCGGAUCCUUCAAAUGUGUGCCUUCGUAGAUCCUAAUAUUAAGUCAUUAGUCCUUCAAUGAAGUCAUGGUGUAUCAAACAUUCCUGUGAACUCUGAUCACUGCCUUGGUUCUUAGAGUGGACAAAGAUUUUUAGUAGCUAAAUCUGAGGUGAUAUUUAACAUUCAUAAUCUAUGACGAACUCAUGCGAUUCAAUACUCUAUUUAAUAGCCAAUUUUUCGCACUGUAAUUAUUAAAGUCAACAUUAUGUUGUGAUGCACCGUAGUUUUUAGCAUAUAUAUUCCAAAUAACUGACAUUCGAUGUGUACUUGAUUCAUAGGAAUGUACAAAAAUGUAUUUGGCAAUUUAUAGUGUCAAUUUGUACCUACCUAAUAUCGGGCAUUCUGUGCUUAGAUCAAACAUUGUCGCACUGACACUCGUAUGAAAGUCAUCACUCUCACCACACACUUUGGGUUGUGAUGCAUGUUGUAGUGUGAUGUUGUCUCUGGACCGCCAAAAUCGUGCAUUCAACUAGGACGUUUCCAACUACGAGUGAGAAGACAUCACAAUGUGGGCGUGGUCACUGUGUGGGUAUCUAUGUCAGCUUAAUUCCUAUUAGAAGAGUAAGAUACUUCACCAAGUUGCCUUUGCCGUAGCGCUCAUUCUUGCAAGUAUUGUUGACAUUCCUGCAUUUUUUGUAUAAGGUAGUACAGUUUAAUGAAGAAAUAUUUUCAAUAUUCAUCUCGUAUAGUCUGUACUGUCAUGCUGGCUCUCGCAGCCGCAUCAGUUUAGGGAAUUAUUUCUUUGUUGGAGCGACUGGAUGUUUAAUAGAAAUAUUUUUGCAUGAUUUAGCCAAAUCGAGCAAACUAAGCAAUUUUCUGUAACGAAAUGAAUUUUACCGCAUCGAGGAAGUAUGAUUCAAAGUUUUAUCUGAAUAUUUUAUGUAGGUAUGUGAAUUGAAAAGUAAGGAUAGGAAAUUAUUAUACAUUGUGCUGACGUCACAACCUAAUUUUUAAAAGAGCUUCCUGUUUAAUUUUAACGUUGCUCGCCAACAGAGAAUUUUCGAAAUUACUCAUGUUAGAAUGAGUAUAUUUAUUCAAUUCAAUUAUGCAGUCACUGCACAAGAGAAGCAACUAUGCUACUAUCCUAGUAUGUGUACGGCUUAAAGUACAAGUCUUGUGUGUAAAUGCAUAAUUUGUAAAGUAGUCUCUCGUGUUCAGCCAUUUUGCAGGGUAAUCAUUCCUAUUUAAUAUGUUAUUUUUGUAUAUAUGGGAAACUUAUAUCGGCUAGCUGUAAGUAACUUGCCUGCAACGUGUGCCUUAAUUUAGGUACAAGGAAGAGUGCCGUACUUAACCGACGAUGCAUUUGUACUUCUUGUGUAACAAUAAUAUUGCGAUAUUAAUUGUGAAGCUUUUUAUAAGAAGCGUUUCUUCUUGUUAUGCUCAGCAGCAAUAGUACCCAUGCCUUUUGUGAUUCAUUUUUGAUCUUAAUGUUUAUAACCACUCGACAAUUCCAUCAGCGCGACAUUCAGGCCAAAUAAUUCAACAUAUCUCAGACAAAUUGAACGCUAUUAUAAAGUUAAAUUCUUGAAUCUAAUGCGUAAAAUAAAUAAAAUGUCUUCAUUUGUCCUUCAUUGAAACGCUUUGGGUUCAUUGCUAAUGUAUAGCUGCCUGUAUUGAUGCCGUCAUAUUUGAAUAACUUCAAGUUUUAGCUUCUGUUAUACCUCAUGUUACUCGAUGUCCACGGUUAGAAGUCACACUUAAGUUUGUUGAUUUUUAUUUAUUAUUUUUAUUAUCAUUAAUGUUACCAUGAUUGUUGCUAUAGGAGACUUGUGUUCCGUUGCUGUCUGCCUCACCUUUGUGG